AGGGAGCCACCAGGGAGGGUGAGAGCCCUUUGGAAUAAGAAGUGUGUCUGGGGCCUACAGGCUGGCAGAGUGUGGGGCUUGGAGGCUGAAAAGCCCCAGGUUCCAGUGUGGCCCCGGGCCAGACGGGCCAGCUCAGGUGCCGGUGGUUCUGUUACGCUCCAUCUGGUUAAGUCAGGUUAACCAUUUGGUUAGAUUCUGAUAAGUUCCUUCAGGUUCUGACAGAUUCUCUCAGGUUGUCUCAGGCUCCCAGAGGACAGAACGCUUGCAUCAGCUGAAGUUAAUUCCAGAGUUUCUUCCCUUCCAACCUCUAUUUUGACCCAGUUCAUCUACCGCCAUCCCAAAUUCUUCUCCUGGUGAUCCUCAUCUUUCUCCUCCCUGUUCUCUUGCCCCUCCUCCCUGCCCCUUGCACCUUACUGUGCCCCUACCUGUGGGCCAGACCCCCUAAGAUCACAGCCACCCCUGCUCCUGCUGUCUCUCUCUCAGGAGGCAGGCCGCUUGGCCAUGUGCCCUCCAGUCAGCAAGCGGUAUGUGGCGGAGGGCCUGUCCUACCUCUAUGUGUCCUGGUUGUACCAGCUUCAACAUGGCAGCCAGAUAAAGCUCUGCUUCGCUUGUUUCAAGGUUGCCUUUCUGGACUUUAAACGGAUGCUGGAGUCAGAAGACUGGGAAGAUGAAGACUGGGACUCUGAGCUGAUGGACGAUUCCGAGGUCCUCUCCCUGGUGGGCUGCUGUGAUGUCAUCUACCUCCAGAAGAUGAAGCCAAGAAGGGCCUGGAGGACCCCAGGCCAGUGUUGGAAACUGCUGCUGGAGCCUGAUGAGUGGUGGGUGGUGAGACUCCAAGAUGUACCCCAGAUGCAAGACCUGCACCACUGGAAGCUAAGCAUUCUGGAAUCCUCGUCUUUGGAGCAGAAUGUAGAUCUUUUAUCUGCGGACUCGGUCCUGCUUAAGAGGGGACUCACCAUCCUCUCUUUCUCACCCUGGGCCAUGAGGGAGGCAGCGGAGGGGGACUCAGCCUCUAGGCCACAGUCCUCCGCCCAAGGAGGGGAUUCCAGCACCAGUGGGCCCAGAAUGCCUGGGGAGAACCUGGCUGCUGUGGGAGCCUUGGCCCUGGGAGAGCUGCCACAUUUCCAGCCCCUCAACCCAGGGUCCCAGAACUGAGGGACUGAGGUCCAUGUGAUCACCAUUGUCCUGGCUUCCCUAGGACACCAGAGGCUGGGAAGGACUGACCUCUCCACAACAGCCCCAGUAGCCAUUAACAAUGAAUGAGGUCUUGGGCCUGGAGAGAAACAAUGGUGAGUGGCCCAGAGACUGAGAAAUGGGGCCCACUGCAGCAUCAGGAAAAAGGGACACAAAUACCUAUAACUGGGAGGGAAGUUCUCUGUCAGAUGUCAUGGAGUUAGGAAUCUGAGCUAUUCGGGAUGUGCUGGGUGAAAGGAUGCUGUGUGAUGUGUGAAGGGAACAGGCAAUCGAUCUAUGUAACAGCCCUACCCUGGGGAGGGAUGUCUGAAGUGUAACUCCUGGGAAAACGGUGGUAGAGUUGGGAACACGGUGGUAGAGUCGGGACCACAGGGAUAUGUGCUUAUCUUUACUCAGUGGGCUCCAUAGGACCCGGUUAUCAGCACUGAGGACUCUGCAGUGUGAGAGACCUUGUUUCAAAGAUGGGCUAUUUUAUGUGGUUUGGCUAUUUAGUUUCUGUCUCUUUGUGUGUCAGUUUAAAGGAAAUAAAGUCAUCAAGU